GGUAACAUGAUCGGGUGAGGUUGGCCGGUUGUCAUAGGCCAUAGGGAGUGGUGGGGGCUGUGAUCUGGAGGGUGUGCCUGUCUGACAUGGUUAAUUAUAGUGGGGAUAAUUAUAGAAUAGCAGUCUGGCCAAUAUGUGCCAGGAAGUAAUAUCUGGGCUCACUGGAAACCACCAGCCUGGAUUUGGGUAGGAAUGUUUCUCUGGUUGUCAUUCUAGCCUAACUAACAAAGCAGGGUUGGUCAGCAGCGGCCCACAGCCACCUCCUUGAGACUCCUAAUAGACACACUGCUGCUGACCCCUGAGCUGUAGCUCCCUGGGCCCCAGACUCCCAGCAGUGCUGAGGUCCUCAGGCCAUGACCUUUGUCCCACCCCACUCCCAGCGAAGGGGAGUGGGAUUUCUACUGGUGUGACGUCAGCUGGCUCCGGGAGAACUUCGACCACACCUACAUGGAUGAACACGUGCGGAUCAGUCACUUCCGAAACCACUACGAGCUGACCCGCAAGAACUACAUGGUGAAGAACCUGAAGCGGUUCCGGAAACAGCUGGAGCGCGAGGCAGGAAAGCUGGAGGCAGCCAAGUGCGACUUCUUCCCCAAAACCUUUGAGAUGCCGUGCGAGUACCACCUGUUUGUGGAGGAGUUCCGUAAAAACCCAGGAAUCACCUGGAUCAUGAAGCCUGUAGCCCGGUCCCAGGGGAAGGGCAUCUUCCUAUUCCGGAGGCUGAAGGACAUCAUGGACUGGAGGAAGGACUCAAAAAGUUCAGAUGACCAGAAAGAAGAAAUUCCGGUGGAGAACUACGUAGCGCAGCGUUAUAUCGAAAACCCCUAUCUGAUCGGAGGCCGCAAGUUUGACCUGCGUGUCUACGUGCUGGUGAUGUCGUACAUCCCGCUGCGGGCCUGGCUGUACCGGGAUGGCUUCGCCCGCUUCUCCAACACCCGCUUCACACUCAGCAGCAUUGACGACCAGUAUGUGCACCUCACCAAUGUCGCCGUGCAAAAGACGUCCCCUGACUACCACCCAAAGAAGGGCUGCAAAUGGAUGCUCCAGCGCUUCCGACAGUACCUGGCGUCCAAGCACGGGCCAGAAGCAGUGGAAUCGCUCUUCAGUGACAUGGACAACAUCUUCAUCAAGAGCCUGCAGAGUGUGCAGAAGGUGAUCAUCAGUGACAAGCACUGCUUUGAGCUGUACGGCUAUGACAUUCUCAUAGACCAGGACCUCAAGCCAUGGCUCCUGGAGGUCAAUGCGUCCCCAUCGCUGACAGCCAGCAGCCAGGAGGACUAUGAGCUCAAGACCUGCCUCCUGGAAGACACCCUGCACAUCGUGGACAUGGAAGCCAGGCUCACAGGAAGGGAGAAGCGAGUGGGAGGCUUUGACCUCAUGUGGAAUGAUGGCCCUGUCAGCAGAGAAGAGGGGGUUCCCGACUUGUCAGAAAUGGGGAACUUUGUGACCAACACACACCUUGAUAAGGAAACGAUUUCCAGAUGUCACACGACUUGCUUAAGGUCUCGGUUAUAAGCGGUGAGCCAGGACCUGAACUCCAGUCUGUCUGACUCCAAAACCUGAAUGCUUGACGGCUAGGCUCUCCUGUCCCUUAGCACAGUUAAAAACGAAGUUCCCAUCUGGCUACAAAACAUUCUUGCUUACAUAGAUGCCAAAUUUGCUAAACCAAUUUCUUGUAAUUGAGCACAUGGCAUGAUUUCAAUUUUUCACUUUUAUAAACAAUGGCAUGAUGAAAUCCUUUCACAUAAAGCUCAACUGAAAAAUCUGGCUGUUUCUUUGGGACAGAUUUCUAGAAAUACAAUUACUGGGUCAAAGGGAUAGACUUAUUACAGCCAGAUUGCUUUCCGGAAAGAGCUCUGAAUUCAAACAAACAAAAAAACUUUACCAGCGUGUGCAUUCUACUGAUUACUGGUGAGCUUUCAGAUUUUUAGUUUGCAUUUCUUCUUUUGUUAGCUGU